UAUGUUUAGGUGAAAGAUGUAAAUGUUAGGAAAUAGUUAGAAACUUAGAAUACGAGUCGGGUUCAAAAAUCAAACCCAUUAACCCGGUUUCCACUCAACCCAGAGUCAUACCCUCAUCAAAACGAACCACACCCACCAGCCACCAGCCACCACCACGCCUGGAUGGGCCAAUCCUCUUCCACCAACGCGCCGUCGCCACCGCGGUCAACACAGCGCCACCACCGCUCUAUUAGUCUAUCUUCAUCCUUUUCAGCUCGAUCAGAAAUUUUUUCUUUUAUGCACUCGAAAAAGGAGCCAUCUUUUGAGAUUCCUGACGCUGUUCCAACUACAAUCGACUAUACAUCUGAAAUUCCCGACGAAUGUUUAGCUAUAGUUUUCCAGUUCCUCAGCUCCGGCGAACGGAAGCGUUGUUCCCUCGUAUCUCGCCGAUGGUUACUCGUCGAAGGGGAGAGUCGCCACCGCCUUGCUCUAAACGCCCAAUCUGAUCUUCUACCCCUUAUUCCGUCAAUUUUCGCACGGUUUGACUCCGUUACCAAACUCGCGCUCCGGUGUGACCGCAGAUCCGUUAGUAUAAAUGACGAAGGGCUGAUCCUUAUCUCGUUCCGGUGCCCUAACCUCACGCGCCUGAAGCUCCGCGGAUGCCGAGAAAUAACUGAUGUAGGUAUGGCCGGCUUAGCGAAAAACUGCAAGGGUUUGAAGAAAUUCUCUUGUGGAUCUUGCAUGUUCGGUGCUAAAGGCAUAAACGCCCUCCUCGAUAGCUGUUCUUAUCUCGAGGAGCUCUCUGUUAAACGAUUAAGAGGCAUCAACGACGGAGGAGCAGCGGAGCCGAUUGGGCCAGGGGCGGCGGCUUCCUCGCUCAAAAGUAUAUGUCUUAAGGAGCUAUACAACGGCCAUUUCUUCGGACCUUUAAUUAGCGGUGCAAAAAAACUGAAGACGUUGAAAUUGCUCCGAUGCUUAGGCGAUUGGGAUAGGUUAUUGGAGACGAUAGCGACUGCAGAUAGUUGUUUGGUUGAAGUUCAUCUGGAGAGACUACAGGUGACAGAUGUUGGGCUUUCAUCCCUCUCUAAUUGCUCCAAAUUGGAAAUUCUACACAUCGUCAAGACACCAGAAUGCACAAAUACUGGGGUCGUCGCCAUUGCUGAGCACUGUAAGUACUUAAGAAAGCUUCACAUCGAUGGAUGGAGAACAAACAGGAUAGGAAACGAGGGUUUGACAGCGAUUGCUAAACACAGUGCAAACCUUCAAGAACUUGUUCUAAUUGGGGUCAACCCUAACUCAGCAAGCCUAGAAGCAAUCGCUACAAACUGUCAAAAGCUAGAAAGAUUAGCUCUAUGUGGAAGCGAAACAAUAGCUGAUGGGGAGAUUUCAGGCAUAGCAUCAAAAUGUGUUGCUUUGAAGAAGCUCUGUAUAAAAGGGUGUCCAGUAUCAGAUGAAGGAAUCGAAGCUUUUGCUUGGGGUUGUCCUAAUUUGGUGAAGAUCAAGGUAAAGAAGUGCAAGAAUGUGACUAGUGAAGUUGGAGAUUGGCUACGAGCUAGAAGAGGGUCAUUGGUGGUGAAUUUGGAUGUGUGUGAAGUUGAAACUGAAGCUGUGGAUGCAAGUGCUAGCGAUGGAGUUCAAGAAGAUGCAGUGGAGUUUCCCCCAAUCAUUAGCCAGGUAACUGUUGGUGAACCUGAACGUGAACAUGAACCUUCAUCUUCUACCUCAAGCUCAAGCGGGCGUCGUGCAUCCAUCUUCAAAACCAGGUUUGGCUUCUUUGGAGUUAGGGUUUUUGUUCCUUGCACUUUCAGAAGGUGGACAAAUGGUAAUAGCAACACAUGAAUCAUGAACACACUUAAAAAUUGAUCAAAAGCUUGUGUUGUGUUGUUAAUAUCUGAUUUCUUUUUUCUUUUUUCUUUUUUCUGUUCUUGAAUUUGAUCUGGAGUUGAGGUGUUGUUUUGAUUUGCGUUUGAUUGUAAGUGUCAAAGUUGUCCUUUUUAUUCUUUUCUUCACAUGGAAACACUUGUAGUUGUUAGUAGGAUAUGGCAAUGUGUGAGUGACAUUGACACCCAAAAACAUGUAAGUCAUUUGUUUAUGUUGGUUAUGUAAGAUUUAAAACAAAUAUCAAAGUAGGUUGCUAUUACUUGAUUA